CAGUACUAGAUAUACUAUCACUACGAUAAAAAAGUUUUUUCAUAAAAUCUUUUGUAUGAGUUUCCUGAUAAUUUUUUGAAAUUUUUUUGGCCUCGGCUAAACGAAUGUCUAUCACUGUAUUGCAUUAAAUUUGUGCAAUAUCUGUGUCUCACUACCAUAGUUUUGAUAAACUCUUAUCAGAUAAUAUGCUUGGAGACCUGUACCUACAUCAGAUAUAUCAAGAUUAAAUGCCAUAGAAGGCCAUUGAAAAUGCGUGUCUGAAAUAGUCAUUUGCACACCGUUAAGAACAACGCAAUAUUACCACAAUAUUCCGUCAAUAUGGCAUUUAAGUUCUCUAAAACAGGUGACACCGUCUACAGUACGACAUUCCCCGGAAUAGUGAAACGUGAUUCCAUCUUUGUUCUGGCAAAUGAUUAUGGCAAAGUUCCUAUCACGAUUCCUAACUGGAAACCUGAAGCAUGCUUCUGGGAUGCAAGAUUCCAAUCAGUUUCUCAAUCGAUCAAAGACCUGGAGGUUAGGACGGAUGAUGUUUGGCUGGCGGCGUAUCCGAAAAGUGGCAUCACCUGGUGUCAGGAAAUGAUCUGGCUCGUUUGCAAUGAUUUGCAGUAUGGAAAAGCUGCCACACUCAAUGUUGACUCAAGAUGGAGUUAUUUGGAUUUAUGCACAAAAAAGAAACACGAGGGACCUUUACCAAUGGACUUCGCACCGUCACCACGUUUCGUCAAGAGCCAUCUACCAGUGGCACUACUUCCGGAUCAGAUAUGGACCGUUCGGCCGAAGAUGGUUUACAUUAGAAGAAAUCCAAAAUCAGUAGCAGUGUCGUGCUUUCAUCAUUACGCUUCAAUCUAUGGUUGCACGGCAACAAAAGAACAAUUUAUGCAAGCUUUUCUCAAGGAUCAGGUGUUGUCUUCACCAUAUCAUCGGCACGUUAUUGAAUACUACCACUUGGACUACCCGAAUAUGUUGCAUCUUUGCUACGAGGAUAUGAAAAGGGACCUUAAGAGUACUCUACGCCGAGUGUGUUCGUUCUUCAACAAGUCAUACUCGGAAGAUCAAUUAGAAACACUAGCGAAGCAUCUUUCGUUCGAGUCGUUGAAAAACAACAAAGCGGUAAAUUUUUCGGAUGUUACUCAACGAACACUGUUGGAGUCGAACCGUACCGAUAAAUUGGCAGAUCCUAAUUACAAGUUCAUGAGACAGGGAGAAGUGGAAGGCUGGAAGAAGGAGUUGGAUCAGGAAACUAUAGGAAAGUUCGAUGAGUGGACGAAAAGCAAGGUGAUGGAUCCAGACGAUAUGAAACUGUUUGCAUGAAACUACUUUCAUGGUGGAAUAAGCGAACUUAAAUACCAAGCAAUAUUUUUUCAGUUGUGGCUAACAAUAAAAUAUUCUCUAUUCUCAUGCAAAGUCCUAUGAAGUUUUGAU